CCCAACGCCUACCCCAAAAUGGAUCAACCCACUGAAAUAACCAAACGCGACCUCAUCAGCGCCCUUCCAGACGAACUCCUCCUCCUGACAAUCGAGAACCUCAAAUUCAACAACGGCGAGACCAUCCGCACACUCGCACGCACAGAUCCACAUCUAGCUCACCUCAUCCGCACCUACGAACGCUCCAUCACCAAAUCCGUGCUCCGCAACGAACUCCCCCAUGCCCAAUACGACUUCCCACCUACCGUCGACCCGCUCUCAAAGGACGACCCUUCUCCGAAAGAUGCAGAAACCCGUCUAACAUACACCUGGCUCAGAUACUGUAUCGACCGCUACGACACCAUCGACGACAUCAUGGCCCUCCUCACGGCGCGCGCAAACUGCGUCGCAAUCGCGCGCCACAACAUGCCGCUAGUCUACUCAGGCAUGCUACUCCUCUACCGCCUGUCAACCCUCUCCUCCACGGCCUCGAAGCUCGCAUUCCUCACUUCCCUCCCGCAGGACCCGCUCACCGCCAUCUACCUCGCCAUCCACACAUCCCUGGAAUCAGCGCAGUACUUCGAUACCGCGUCCUACACCGCAACCUCGUGCGUGGACGCCGAGCCCCAGCCCUCGCUGCUGCACUACUCGCGCUACGGCGUCGACAUGGCCGCUCCCAUGCUCUCCUACCGCGCCGACAUGAUGCUCGCGUUCCGCGAAGCCGCGCUCGCCCUCGACCCAGACUUUAUCCUCGCAACCCUGCGCAACGACCCCGGAGCCCAGCUCAAUCUCCUCAACGUCUACCACGAUGUUGCUGCCCCGCGGGACUGGGCGCCCGAGGACCUCGCGCUCUUGAACGUCGCGCCCGUUGUUACGGCUGGGCCCGUUAGCGAGGGAGGAGGUAAGAGCGUGCUUUGGGAUACGCUUGUGAGCAGGUUGGCUGGGUUGAUGGGGUGUGAGGGGAAGGAGGUUGAGAGUUGCGUUGUCGAGCGGGUUAAGUGGGUUGCUGGGAAUGGGCUUGCGUGGUUGGGUGUGUUGGAGAGGUAUGGGGUUGUUGGUGGGGUGGAUGUCGAUGCGAGAUAAUAAAAAGAUUAAGGCGGAAUAUUGGGAUUGCGUUAUAAGCAUCUUUUUUGGUUACUUUGGAUAUUGUUGUUAUUGCUGGCUUGCUGGCUGGUGUUUUUUUUUUGUUCUCUGGAUAAUUUGUGGGCGGUUUAAUGUUUAUAUCCUCGCUCCUCGUGGGUAAAAGAUGGAUAGAUACCUAUGAACAUCUCCCCUCCUAGACAAGCUCUUGCAUAGACUUUGUUUUCUUGAUACAUACCUAAUAAAGCCCUAACCCCAAAACACAACAAAUCAAAAUAAAAACAAACAAGAAAACAGAAAAGAAAAGACGAGCAACCAAAUCAUCUAACCUCCCCCCACACACAGCCUCUACAUCACUCACUCCUUCAUAUCACAUCUCCACCCCCCAGCGAACUCCAAACUCCCCUUCUCAAAUCCCCACCAAUCAACCUCCCUCCACACCGUAUCUCCGAUUCCAAAAACUCCCCUAACGAGCCCCCACACCCCUCCGACCCUUUCCUCAACACAUACCCUCCC